AUGAUCCGUACAAGCUCCAAAGGGAUGAUGGUUACUGUGAUAGUAGUGACGGCAAUUUUACUGGUGGUUUGGCGACGCCAUACUCCUUCACCGUCUGUUCCGGUAAAAGACAAGAACACUCUUAAUGAAGAACUUUGUGUCCGAAUGAAUUAUCUAGAAAAGUAUGCCAAGAUGAUUAUGGUCAAGGGUGUUGAAAAUAACAUGCCCAACUUUUUCAUAAAUGACCAGGGGUAUGCUAGGGAUCAAAAUAUUCGAAGGGAAACUGAUCCAUGCAUAAUGAAUUCAACAAAAAGGUUUGUGUACAACUUUGAUACGGACUUUUAUCUACUACCAAGCAAAGCCGAGAUGUGUGCCAUGACGACAGGGGACUUGGAAAAACUUUAUCAAAUGUACCUAAACACAAUCCAGGUGAUCUGCCGUAGACCUAUCCGACUCGGGAACAGGAAUGAUGGAGGGUGGGAUCUGUGUGCUGAUAAACAAUUUCUGACACCUGGAAAAUGUCGGGUAUACUCGUUUGGAAUUAAUUAUGAUUUCACAUUUGAUGAUGCAGUGGCUGAAGAGUUUAAUUGUGAAGUCCAUUCCUUUGAUCCCAGUAUGAACCAGAAAAGCUACAAGAGGAGAUCUGAACCGCUCGUGUACUUCCACGACAUCGGUAUUGCUAGCAAGUCUGGUACAAUAAUGACAGACAAAGAAUGGCAGAUGUUAAACCUGAAGGAUGUGAUGGCAAAACUAGGUCAUGAAAGUAUUCCAGAUGUUAUUAAGUUAGACAUUGAAUUCUGGGAAUGGGACGUCUUACCCGAUAUUCUGAGAUCUAGACAACUACCCAAACAACUUGCAAUAGAGUUUCAUCUUUGGAAUGCAAAGCAUGCUAGUAGUAAAACGUUCUGGCUUCACCGCUUGUGGAUCCUUAAAGAAUUAUAUGAUUCUGGUUAUAGGACUUUCUGGCUGAACAGAAACUUACAAUGUUCAUUCAAAUCAAAUGUAACUUCUAAUUACAUAUACGCUUGUCUUGAAGUUUCUUACGUUAAAAUUGAGCAGGACAUUAGAGUAUAG